AUGCUCCGUACCGUGAGCUGCAUCCGCUUGUCACGAACGCGGGCACUCCUCCAGAGGCCAUGCCGCUGCCUGAGCACCGGCACGUUGUUUGCAGUGGCCACGCCCAUUGGGAAUUUGCAAGAUGCCUCGGCACGAGUCAUCUCCACGCUUCAACGUGUGGAGGUCGUGGCAGCCGAGAGCUCGGAGGUCCUGGAGGCACUCAAGAACAGUAAUGACGAGGUCAUGAAUCCCUUCCAAAAGGUGCAGUCCUUCUAUGCCCACAACGAGGAGGAGCGAAUGCCUGAGCUCUUGGCACACCUCCGCGAGGGACACGAUGUCGCCAUUACGACUCGAGCCGGUACCGUGGGCAUUUGCGAUGUGGGUGCCAGGCUCAUCAAAGCUGCUCAUGCCGAAGGCAUCUCAGUCUCCAGCAUCCCCGGGCCCUGCAGCAUCACCGCAGCGCUGGCGGCGAGCGGUGUGGAGACCCACGAGACCGGCGGCGGAGGCUUUCCGCUGUGGCUUGCACAUGAAGACCUUACCAGCUAUGCGGCCCGGCUCACGUGGAGUGAAAAAGGCGUGCUCAUGCUCUGGGAAUUGUCUACUGAAACAGUCGGCGCGGAGCCGCGAUUUGGUUCCUGGGCAGAAGCCUUGCUCAUGGCAAGAGGACAAGGACGACAUGGUGGAGCUUUGAUGCUGCCGCGCUUGACCUAUGAUGGGGUCGUGGGAGGAGCAGUACAUCUUGAUGAGGGUCAGACACCCAGUGCCAUCUACGCCGCCAACGGGGCUCCACCCGGUGAAGCUCACCUGCAAGUUCAACGCAAGUUCCUCAAGAAGGGCGCCUCCAAAGUGAAGCUCAAUGCCAUUGCGAUCGUCGAGCAAGAGCGCAUUCAGGGCUCCAAAGGAUCCGAAUUCAUCGUGCGCCGACGCUUCUUCGCCUCAGUGGCCUGUUUGCUGGAGAUCACUCAGCACUCCAAGGCCGGUUUGGCAGAUGCAACCCCCAAGGAAUUUUUUAGGUUCUUCGCCACGUGCGACGCCAAGCGGGCGGACAUUUGGAUGAAGGCCCUGCAGUCGGCAGCCAUGGAGGACGCACAACAUGGUCCUCACGGCAUGCGCACCAUGCGCACGACAGCCAAGCAUGAAUCAAAGUGCCACAAUGUGUAG